AUGUUAUUUGAAUCAUUUCAAAAAGAUAAGGAUCUAUCAGUCAUUUUGCCUCAAGUUGAAUGUAUUGUUCGUGCAAGAAUCCCUACGAUAUCAGGAACUGAACAUUUUAUUCAUUUAUAUCAUAAUGAUUUUGAUAAAAAAGAACAUCUUGCUAUUGUAUUUGGGAAUAAGAUUAAAAGUUCAUCACUUUAUCGUUCUAGAAAUGGGGAAACAGAGACAGAUAGGAUGAUACGUGGAGCGUAUAAUGGUAAACUAUAUCCUGGUAGAACAUCUUCUAAAGAAAAUUGUGCGGAAAGUAACAAUUAUUCAUUAUCAAGGGCACCUCUUGUUAGGAUUCAUUCGGAAUGUUAUACGGGUGAAAUAGCAUGGUCAGCAAGAUGUGAUUGUGGAGAGCAAUUAGAAGAAGCAAGACGAUUGAUGACAUUGGAGAAUGAUGGAGUCAUUAUUUACUUGCGUCAAGAGGGGAGAGGUAUUGGAUUAAAAGAAAAAUUAAAGGCAUAUAAUCUCCAGGAUUUAGGAAAUGAUACAGUACAAGCUAAUCUGUUUUUAAAUCAUCCAGCAGAUGCACGUACAUACGGGGUUGCUAUUGCUAUUCUUUUAGAUUUAGGAUUGAAGAACGUUAGAUUAUUAACCAAUAAUCCAGAUAAAAUAAGAUCUAUUGAAAAGCAUCACCAAAAAAUAAACGUUAUAGAACGUAUUCCAAUGAUUCCGAGGAACUGGACAGGUGAAAAUAAAACUAGAAUAGCAGAAAAAGAUAAAUAUUUAUCAACAAAGGUCGAAAAAAUGGGCCAUUUGUUAACAAAACCAUAACAUAGAUAUUAACAAUAUUGUUUCUAAAA